GCGGGACUGCAGCAGGCAUUCUGACACUGGGGGGAACUGACUUGGUGUCACUGACAUCCCCAGUGACACUAAUACAGUGAUUAGUACUAAUAAAAAGCACUGACACUGCUAAUGGCACUGGGCAGAAAGGGGUUAACAUGUGGAGCAAUCAAUCGGUUAACUGCGUGCUGUGUGCUGUUUGUAAUUGUGUGGCUGUGUGUGUGUGCUUCACUGUAAGCAAACUGCUAUGCACAGCCAUGCAAACCAGUGUGCAAGAGCUGACAGGGGAGAGAACUGUUUUGUUUACAAACAUGCACCCCCUACCUGGAAAUGCAAAAUCA